AUGAAGCAAUUUCUGCUAGUUCUUGCCUUUGUUGGCAUUUCGCAAGUGAAUGGUGCACAGUUAUGUGAGCGUAAAGGACUCGGUGCUUUCGAGGCGAAUCCGUUGAACUGUCAAGAGUUCUUCAUGUGUCGUAAGGGACGUCCCGUGCAGUUCACUUGUCCGCAGAGCAUGUUCUUCGAUGUGGCGUCCGGAACCUGCGGAUAUCGGGCACUUUGUGCCGAGAAAACUCCAUCGCUGGGAGGUGACGACGAUUGGUCGGAAGCGAUCGGUCCGGAGUACACUCCGAUCGAGGCCAAUCCGUCCCGUUUGAUGGCGUCCAGCCCGGUCUGCCAGGGAGCAGCGAUCGGUGCGAUCCGCGUCGAUACGCGAGGCUGCAAAACCUUCUUCCAGUGCAGCAAGGAUGGGCCGGUGAGGUUCGAAUGUCCCUCCGGAACACUGUUCGACAGCAAUCGCAAGUACUGUGAGGCGGCCGACAUUGCUUCCUGUUCGUUUGGUCAGAACACUCCCGCUCCGAGCACGGGAUCGAGCAACCUGAAGGAAGUACUCUGUACCGGCAAGAAGGUCGGUGCCAAGUUCGCCUAUCCGACCGACUGCCAUAAGUACUUCGUGUGCGAUGGACGCAACUCGGGCCAGAUUCUCACCUGUCCGCGUGGCACGGCCUACAACCGGGACCGCAACGUUUGCGACUUUGCCCACAACGUACACUGCUAG